CACUCGCCCCGCCCCUUUGGGCGGAGCUUGUUGGUGACGUUACAGGGCAGGGGCGGCUCACGGACAAACAACUUCGAGAUCAAAACAACCCGAGAGCUCAGCUGGAUCCUUUGUUUACAACGGCGACACCCGAAGAAAAACGCCUUAUUUAUUCAGAACAGGAGCAUAAAGAUGAUCGGAAAGAUCCUCUCACAUCUGCUUGGCAACAGCAGCGAGGAGGCGUCAGAGCACACUUACGAUGAGCUGAUGGAGCUGGAGGAGGAAGGCUGGGUCAUUGUUGAUCUACCAGAGGCCGUCCUGCUGAGCCCUGAGGUGGAUCCUCUGGAGAACCUCCUGAUAGAGCACCCCAGCAUGUCUGUCUACCAGAUGAGAUGCGGGAGGAGUGAGGCUGAGGAGGAGGAGGAGGAGGAGGAGCGUGAGGAUGAGGAAGAGACCAGCAACAGAUCCAUAGUAGUCCGGCGGCAUAUAUCUUGGCACCUGGCCGCCUGGGGACUCCCUCUCCCCUGCGACGUGCAGCUGCUGGCCGCCCAGAGGGCCCGGGUCCAGUCGGAGCGGAAGAAGCUGGGCCGCGGCGUCCUCCAGCGCCAGAACCUGAGCAGGCUGCCGUCCUCCCCGGCAGAGAAGCGCUACGGCCACUUCAAGCAGCCCUGCCAGCGCCUCCACAACUACUGAGCCGGACUGCCUCAGUAACAGCGGCGCUGUUGUUUCAUAUUGCACAUUUAAUCCUGCAUUUCAGCCAUUUUGUUAUUUUAUUGCAGGCAACUUGCACUGCAACACUCACAUCUGAAAGCACUGACAACGAUGAACCCUGAUUCAGAACCAGUUGCUAUGAUUGGACUGCAUGAGUAAGAAAGUUUAAAAUAAUAUUGAUUUUUUUAUAUGCAUAAUGCUGGAAUAGUUAAGAUCUUAUAGGAAUAAUGUGUAUGUGAAAGCUAAUCUAAAAGUGUUGUUGCUGUUUAGUUUUUGGUUGUUUUGAAUAAGUGUAAUCUCACAGUUUGUGCCUUAGCUCCAGACGUUGGCCUGUACAAUAUUUACAUGUGUAGUCAUGACAUAAACAGUUUUUUUUGAUUGGAAUAAUUACAUGUUUUAACCUUUGUAUGUUCAGAACCUGUUAAUUUUCCGUUCAUGAAUAUGUUAUUUUUAUAUAUUUUUAUUUAUAAAAUGUACAAAAAAAUUUAAAUAAAUCUUGUUUUUUAAGUUG